GCCACUGCGGGUAUAAAAGCGUUCCCUCCACUACCGCGCGGCAGUUACUCUGUGUACAGUGACCGGUGCGCUUCUGUUUCAUAACUUUUUAAAAACAAACCUUUUCUAAGCACCAUGCCAGACCUGUACUACGUGCCCGGCUCGGCUCCUUGCCGCGCGGUACUGCUGACCGCCAGAGCACUGAACCUGAAUCUCAACCUCAAACUGGUGGACCUCCACCAUGGGGAGCACCUCAAGCCAGAGUACCUGAAGCUAAACCCCCAACACACAGUGCCCACCUUAGUGGACGACGGUCUAUCAAUCUGGGAGUCACGCGCCAUCAUCACCUACCUCGUCAACAAGUAUGCCAAGGGCAAUUCUUUGUACCCUGAGGACCCGAAGGCGCGCGCGGUGGUUGACCAACGCCUGUACUUCGAUAUCGGCACACUGUACCAGAAGUUCUCGGAAUACUUCUACCCACAAGUGUUCGGAGGCGCCCCAGCAGACAAGGAGAAGUUGACAGCUGUAGAGAAUGCCCUCAAGCUGUUCGACACAUUUCUGGAGGGACACAAAUACGCUGCCGGCAACAACCUGACAGUCGCCGACCUGAGUCUCAUCGCCUCAGUGUCCAGCUUCGAGGCAUCCGACAUCAACUUCCUCAAAUACCCUAAUGUUAAGAGAUGGUACGAGACAGUGAAGAGCACAGCACCCGGAUACGAAGAGGCCAAUGGCAAAGGUCUGAUCGCGUUCAAGGAACUGGUCAACAACAUGCUGAAGAAGUAAUACGGACCUAGGAUCUACUUUCUUGAAUAAUCUUUAUGGUGGACACACGCGGUCACAAAAUCUUAAAUCAUCAAAUGAAAUAUGUUGUUGUCAGUUUGUGUGCACCCACCAUCGUGUUUUUCAUUCCAAAUUCUAUCACUGCUCGAUUUGUACAGUUGUACCUACUGUUUUUAAGUUAUGAUGUAAGUGUAAGGCACAAAUAAAUUAUAUGAAAACACA